CGGCGGAAGGUCGCCAGUUAACACGGGAGCGCUUUACACACCGUAGCACCGGAAGUGCCUCCAGCUCGGUAUAAAGACGCGUCUCCGGACAACAGCGGUGCUCCUUGUGGUCCGUCCUCCGCCAUGGCCUCCAGGAAGAGAAAGCUCCCGGCGAAGGACAAGCCGCUGCCCGCCAGCAAGCUCACCCGGGCGGCCGGGGGGAAGCGUCACGUGUCGGCCCUGAUCCUGGCGAGGGGGGGCAGCAAGGGGAUCCACCUGAAGAACAUCAAGCUGCUGGCCGGGGUCCCGCUGCUGGGAUGGGUGGUGCGCGCGGCGGUGGACUCCGAGAUGUUCGACAGCGUCUGGGUUUCGACCGACCACGACGAUAUCGAGAAGGUGGCGAAGUCCUGGGGCGCCAAGGUCCACCGCAGGAGCCCCGGAGUCUCCAAAGACUCGUCCACGUCCCUGGAGACCAUCCAAGAGUUCGUCAGGAUCAACCCAGAGAUCGGCGUGGUGUGCAACAUCCAGGCCACCUCCCCCUGCCUCCACCCCUUCCACCUGAAGGAGGCGCUGGAGAUGAUCACGCAGCAGGGCUUCGACUCCGUCUUCUCGGUGGUCCGGAGGCACCAGUUCCGCUGGCAGGAGGUCAAGAAAGGAUCCGGCGAGGAAACCAAACCGCUGAACCUGGACCCGGCCGGCCGGCCGCGGCGCCAGGACUGGGACGGCGAGCUGUGUGAGAACGGAUCCUUCUACUUCACCACGGCGGACAACGUGCUGACCCGGGGACUCCUGCAGGGCGGGGCGGUGGCGUACUACGAGAUGCUGCCCGAGUACAGCGUGGACAUCGACGUGGACAUCGACUGGCCGGUGGCGGAGCAGAGGGUUCUCCGGUACGGCUACUUCGGGCGCGCCACGCCGGAGGUGGUGCGGCUCAUGUUCUGCAACGUCUCCGGGUGUCUGACGGAGGGACGCAUCUUCAUGUCCAAUUCCGGGGAGGAGAUGGUGUCGAUCCACACCAGAGACACCGCCGGCAUCCGCAUGCUGCAGAAGCAACAAAUGGAGGUGGUGCUGUUGACGUCCAAGCUGGACCCGGUGAGCCGCUCGCUGGCCGACAAGCUGGCCGAGAGGACGGGCUGCGAGGUGGCGGAGGUGGGGGAGGAGCCGCUGGAUGACCUGAGGCCGAUGGUGGAGCAGAGGAAGCUGAAGUGGAAGGACGUGGCCUACAUGGGCGUCGACGCGCAGGACGUCAAGUGCCUGAACCUGGCGGGUCUGAGCGCGGUGCCCAGCGACGCCCCGUCGGUCGCCGUCAACGCCACCAAGUACACGUGCCACCGGGCCGGCGGCGCCGGCGCCCUGAGGGAGUUCGCCGAGCACAUCCUCCUGCAGAAGGAGAAGGCCAAGGCGCAGAUGGAGCAGCACCGCAUCGACCGCCAUGACUUCUGAUCCACACGAAGCAUUUCAGUUUCAUCUGGGAUUCAACACUAUUUUUAAUAACGUGACGUUAUUAUUAUGCUCUUUAGAAGUUACAUUCAUUUUUAAUUUUACUACGGAAUAUGAAAUUUACCAGGUUUUGUCGUUGUUGGAAUUCUACCGAAUAAGUACACCUAAGAUGUGAAAUGGAAAGAAAACAAAUAUAUAUGAAUAGAGAUGAAGUAUUUAAAAUGCCUAUGUAUGUAAUAGAUCAUAAGCAUCUUGAGUGUCUAGAAAAGCGCCUCAUAAAAUAUUAGAUGAAGCAUUUUAAACAAAUGUAUAGUUCAAUGUUAAUAUAUUUGUCAUGUUGAUGUCUCAUCUUGGCCCGGUCGCUCUGAUAAAUAUGGAAAUUUAUUUUUGGAUGUGUUGGGAAGGUUUUAAGUCUUAAUUUGAGUAAAUAUUUGGGAAACUGG